AUGAACAACCGACAGCUCGGUCGCGACAUGCAGGUCGAGUUCCAGGCCAGGUUCCAAGCGAAGCAGGCCAGGAGAGAGGCCCAAAAGGCCGCCAAGCAGGAUCCCAUCCUGAAGAAGCAGAUCCAGGACCUCCUCAAGAACGGCGAGACCCAAAAGGCCUACCAGAAGGCCAAGAUGCUCCUGUCCAAGCAGGCCCUCGCCCAGCAGAUGGACCAGAUGGCCGACAUGGCCGAGCUCUCGGCCGCCCAGAUCCAGGCCAACAACUCGAUGAACCGCAUGACGCACAUGAUGGGCCAGUCCUCGCGGACCAUGUCCGUCGCGCAGAGGAACAUGAACCCAGAGAAGACCCUCGUCACCCUCGAGCAGUUCAAGCAGCAGAACGAAGAGUACGCCAUGUCCAACGGCAUCUACCAGGACGCCAUCACCCAGUCCACGAGCACCCAGGUCUCCGAGGACGCCGUCCACGAGCUCCUCGGCAAGCUCGCCGACGACGCCGGCGUGCAGCUGAGCCAGCAGCUCGAGAGCGCCACCCCGGCCAAGGAGGAGCCCGCGCGCGAGGAGCCCACCGCCGAGGAGGAGGAUGCCCUGCAGCAGAGGCUGCGCGCUCUGCGUGCGUAG